GCUAUCACAAAAUCCCAAAUGAAAAAAAAUGCCAUUCCUCUUACUUAUUAUCUGCGACCAAUAUUAAUCCCAAAAUAGAGAAGAAGAAGAAGAAAAUAAAAAAAUAAAAAACCAAAAACCCAAAAAUCAAACUCAAAAUAGUUUCAGUUUUCACUUCAUAGUUAGCACACUCUUCCUCUCCUCUCCUUCAUUCCUAAACCCAGUACUGUUUAUAUUCCUGAUUCUUCGAACUCAAACCCUAAACCUAAUGGAAGUUACUUCAAUACACGGCAAUCGCAUUUUGUCUCCGCUUCGUUCUUCAAUACACGGCAAUCGUCCUCUCUCGGUUCUCUCUAGGGUUUCAUUCUCAGCUCGGAGGAACCCUAGCCUCGCAUCCAACUACCACUCGAUUCGCCGGAGGAAUCCAUGCUCUGCGUCGAGCUCCGACACAUUGGUGGCCGGAAAAGAUGGGAAGCCAAAGAAUCGGGAAGUUGAGAGCAAGAAAGGGGAGGAGGAAGGUGAAGACUUGAAAUCUUGGAUGCACGAGAAUGGCCUCCCGCCUUGCAAGGUUUUGCUCAAGGAAAGGCCCUCCCACGAUGAGAAGCACAGUCCCAUACAUUACGUAGCUGCUAGUGAAGAUCUUCAGGUGGGUGAUGUUGCAUUCUCUGUUCCGAAUUCGCUGGUCGUGACGCUUGAGAGAGUUUUGGGGAACGAGACCAUUGCGGAAUUAUUAACUACGAAUAAAUUGUCGGAAUUGGCAUGCUUGGCAUUGUAUCUGAUGUAUGAGAAGAAGCAAGGGAAGAAGUCUUUCUGGUACCCAUACAUUAGAGAGCUUGAUCGUCAACGAGGGAGAGGACAGCUUGCAGUGGAAUCUCCCCUUCUAUGGUCAGAAGCUGAACUGGCCUACCUAACAGGCAGCCCCAUGAAGGCUGAAGUUAUUGGAAGGGCUGCAGGAAUUAAAAGGGAGUACAAUGAACUUGACACCGUCUGGUUUAUGGCUGGGUCUCUGUUUCAGCAAUACCCAUAUGAUAUUCCUACUGAGGCCUUUUCAUUUGAGAUAUUCAAGCAAGCAUUUGUUGCUGUUCAGUCUUGUGUUGUGCAUUUGCAGAAAGUCAGUUUGGCUCGGCGAUUUGCUUUGGUUCCUCUUGGACCACCGUUGCUGGCUUACAGAAGCAACUGCAAGGCAAUGUUAACUGCUGUUGAUGGUGCUGUUCAGCUAGUGGUCGAUCGUCCAUACAAGGCUGGGGAGUCCAUUGUUGUUUGGUGUGGACCACAGCCUAACUCAAAAUUGCUUUUGAACUACGGUUUUGUUGAUGAAGAUAAUUCUUAUGAUCGUUUGAUAGUUGAGGCUGCUUUAAAUACUGAGGAUCCUCAAUACCAGGAGAAAAGAAUGGUUGCUCAAAGAAAUGGAAAACUAUCAGUUCAAGUUUUUCAUGUGUAUGUGGGAAAGGAAAAAGAAGCUGUUGCAGAUAUGCUUCCUUAUCUGCGUUUGGGUUAUGUUUCAGAUCCUUCUGAAAUGCAAUCUGUCAUUUCUUCUCAAGGUCCUAUUUGCCCAGUGAGCCCUUGUAUGGAACGAGCAGUGUUGGACCAACUUGCUGAUUACUUUAAGAAACGGCUUGCUGCCUACCCUACUACAUUAGGCGAGGAUGAGUCUUUGUUGGCAGACAGUACUCUUAACCCGAAGAAGCGAGUUGCUACUCAGCUUAUUAAGUUGGAAAAGAAAAUGCUUCAUGCAUGCCUGCAGGCAACAGUUGAUUUGAUAAACCAGUUACCAGAUGACACUGUAUCUCCAUGCCCAGCUCCUUAUGCCCCUUUAUUGAAAUAAAAGAAAUUGAAUAUCCUUUGUAUACUUGCAAACUUUGGGAACUUCUUUGCAGUACAUGGGUAUAUCAGUUCAAAAGGAAGUUCAUAAUCCAGGUAUGUAUAAGAAGCUGUGUUUCGUGUAGUGCAACCAAUGACUGCAAAUUAAAUGGUCACCUACUGUAGUAGCUGUUCAAGAGAGUGAAUCAUGCAUCUUCAGGAGAGUGCAUGUUUUAUUGGUCCCUUGACAUAUUAUUCAACAACCUUCCCUCGUUCUCACAACUUCGUUCCUCAAAAGGUGUAACUAUGUCUUUCUUUCCUCAAAAGUUGUAACUAUAUCGACAAAUGCCCAUGGGAUUGGCUCUUGGUGAAGGAGUGGAAAAGAAAAAUAGAAUACAUUCACUUUAGGGAUGCAUAGAUAUUUUUAGGUAUUUCUUUGUAAAUGCAGACUGAAUUCCAAUGACCAAUCUAAUUCAAUUAUUUUUCUGUAA